AUGGCUUCUUUUGCAAACCGUGAUCUUUGUGUUUCAAGUUCAAGUCCCCCUGCACCUCCUCAACGCCUUGUAAUCAAUAUACCUCCACCUACAUCGAGUCGGAGAAAUUUGGUAGUGACACGACCCCGGAGCGAAACCCCAAGCUCCAGCUCGGAGUCAGAAGAAUGCAGCUCCGACGAAACUCAUCAGUCAAGAAAAAUUUCACCAAAGAAGAACAAGCAAGCAAGAAGGAUGAGGGUUGACUCGGUUGAGACAGAAGGUUUUGAGUCAUCGGACUCAGACAAUGCCAUGCUGUCUGUUCCUACACGUGGGAAGGGCAAGUCCUUCGAUCCACCACCUGCAAAAGGAUCCAUGGAAGAUGAUACAGUGCCUUUGGGUCUCACAUUCAUUCCUGAAGGUAUCAAGUUAGGUCAACUCUCCAGGUUGAGCACAAAAAAUCAACGGCAAAUUGGUGCAACCGCUCUCCGACAUCCUCAUAACUUCCUCGAUAGAUGUGCAGUGGAAGCUGGAACAUCCCAAACACUGAAAGAUAGUAUUCCGAAAGUCAGUCGACUGGCUCUCGGACAAAAACCUAAGCCUGCUGUCCGGCAUGUAAAUGCACGAGUAAUUGCAGAUCCUCAAGAUGAACCAUUUUGUGAAGAAACAUAUACUGAGCCAUAUGGCCACUUCAAUACAGGCCCUACAACAAGUCAAGAAAUACAACAGUCAGCUUCAGAAGAUUGUGCACCGGAGAAUACCGAAGUAAUGUCGACUUGCAGUGCAUCUCUUCACUCCUCCUCGGUUAAGAAGGAUAUUCAAGACUGGCUCCAAGCCAACUCCCAUCUAUCGUGUCAUGUAUUGACUUCGCCGGGAAUGGAAAUGAGUGACCUAGCCGAGCUACACCCUUGUUUUAAACAGACAUAUACUAUGUCUAGUUUCUCAGAAUCUGACAUCAUAUUUGUGCAUAAAUCACAACUUCGAGAAUUAAGCCUUCACUCUGGUCUCCUUCGGGUAAAGGAGCUCAAGCCAGUAUUCAUCCUCUUUGAGGCAGACUCCUCACAUAAAAUAUGGAAUGUGGAUGAAGUAUACCCAUUUGGUGGAAUUAUAACAUUUACUGCCAAAGCGUUGACAAGUAACGUUGAUUUUUUAAUGCAAAAAAUACAUGAGGUCGCAGUGCACCCUCUUUGGGAGGUAUAUAUUGUCCCGUCUGUGCUCGGAUUGGCAAUUAAAAGUUAUUAUGGAGACAUCAGGAUAUGGGAAAGCCUAGAUGAUAAUUUUGCAUUUGCUGAGCUGCUGAACAUGCUCGACGAAGGAGUAUUGCGUUUAACAAGUGACCCCACAGCCUCGAAUGAUCGCUGGAAUCUUCAACAACAAGAGCUUCGCAUCCUCAAUCAUAAAGAAAUAGUCAAAUUCUGUGUAGGUUCCGCUCCUGCAAGAGCUUUCGAACAGGACUCUGUGUUAGAGGUCAACAAAGAAGUUGCCGAUGUACUUCAAACAUUACAGAUUCAGCCAAGGUUCUACAAGCGGUAUCGUCGAUUUGUUGUGCUUAGUGAAGGUUUUGAGAAGAUUCCUGAUGAGGGGGUGAGUGUGUAA